UGAUACUAAAACUUGAGAAAAUCCUUUAAAAUCUCUAUAAUCGUAAAGCCUCAGGUCUUUGAAAUACGACAGUAAUACGUUAUAAGUAGUGUGGGUGUAUAAUAUAGCUGUAUUGCGAUGAGUAGAAAGAACGAAACCGUCACACUCAGGACUCGGAAGUUCAUGACAAACCGCUUGCUUCAGAGGAAGCAAAUGGUUCUCGAUGUCCUCCACCCUGGCAAAGCAACAGUACCCAAGACUGAAAUCAGGGAAAAGCUUGCCAAGAUGUACAAGACUACCCCUGACGUAGUGUUCGUCUUUGGUUUCAAGACUCAGUUUGGAGGUGGCAAGACGACAGGUUUUGCCAUGGUCUAUGAUUCUUUGGACUAUGCCAAGAAGAACGAGCCCAAAUACAGACUGGCCAGACACGGACUCUAUGAGAAGAAAAAGACAUCAAGAAAGCAGCGCAAGGAAAGGAAGAACAGAAUGAAGAAAGUACGAGGCACCAAGAAGGCCUCCGUUGGUGCUGCUGGCAAGAAGAAGAAAUGAGUGAGACCUUCAGGGAAGACCAUCCUGAAAAUGUUCUUGUAUAUUGUCAAAUAAAUUUUAAAAAGAGAUUGUCUUCAGGA